AUGGCCCAAUCUCCCACCCCGCCAACGAUCCACCUGGUAUUCGAUGCUCUCACCAGGAAUCUCCUUCCCGACCCACUCCUGCCCUGCCUCGCCAGCACGCUCAACCUCUACGCCCACUUGAUCCUCUUUUCCCGCCAGCUCUCUGAUGACGCGGAGCAGAUCCUCAAUAUCCACAAUCAGUUGCUUAUAGAGAACGAGUCAAGGGGUGUCCAGGACGGGGAAGCACUCGUGGGGGAGCGGGGAUGCCUGACGGAGGUGGAAGGCCUGAGGGUCAGUGAGGUCAAGCGGAGGAGCGUGGAGAAGAUGUUCAGGCUGUCAGUGGAGAUCAGGAAACAUCAUAUCGCACGACUAUUGUCAACUAAAGGUGCCCUGCUAUCCAGAGCCCAUACUCUCAUCGACCACUACUUUCCAGACUACUCUCUCGAGAAGAAGUCUUACAAGCAGCAUGCUCACCUCCACAUCUCCUCCAUGACCAAGCCUGAGGCCAAGGUUGUCGCUGAAGGGAGAGAGCAAGUAUUGAGCUGGGUAGAAGAUGCUGAAGCAGUCCUAGCGGCGGACGACUAUGAAAGACCUCUGCGAUACGACAUUUUCAUUCCCGACCAGUUCAAAGCGUCUGUGCAUGCAAAAGCUCUCGCAGAGAGUAUGUGUGCAGAGGCGGAGAGGAUCAUUCGGGAUGCCGAGGAUAUACAGGCCAUACUCGCGAACGAUGGGUCGUGGGAUUCGCAGGCCUAUGAGGCCGAACUGAAGAAUAGGGGGAAGAAGAAAGGGGAUGUUGAGAAGAAGAAAGAGAAGGCUCGACGAAGACAUACGCUCCCCGCCCGAUCAGUCAACCGUUCACCUGCACCCGAAUCAACGCGGAAUCCGACGCCCUCUCCACCUCGCGAUAUACUCCCUCCAGCAAUUCCACUGACACCCCCUCCUGCCCGCCAUCGUGCGCGUGAAUCACUACCCCUACCUGAAUUGCACCGCGUCCAUGACCGUGGACCUUCUCCAGACCCGACUCCAGCCCACGUAAAGAGUCUGCCAAGGCGAUCUUUCAGUACUGGAAAGAAGACAUCAUUGCGCGGCUCUUCUAUCAGCAGGGUUGUAACACAAGUCGAGGCCCAAGAGACGCCUUCGCACGCGGCUCUGCCGCGACGCGAAAGUGGUCCUCCGAGGCCUCCGAUCAACUGGAAGGUGAACCGAGAACGCUUCAGCCACAUGAGCAGUGAUAGUGAAGAUUCCAGUGGUGAGAAAGAGGUUGCUGCUUCCAUCAAUCCUACCACAAGUCGAACAACGGAGAAAGCCUCUGUUCUUCAGACCAUUGAAUCACCGAGAUUCGUCCCAUCCUCUCCACCUCGCCGGGUGUCCUCUUCCCCUGUACCUCCUCCCACCAAACCGGCUGCCAGAACGAUUGCUGUGAAAGCAGCCGCGGGAUCUUCGAGACUGUCGCACUCCAAUGCUGUCGCCGGGCCGAGCAGGAUCCCCGCAUCCUCUCUGCCGGCGACCGCAAACGGCAGAGCGUACGAACCAAGAGUGUCUGAUGGGCACAAGACAGCGAAAGAGCGAGAUCUGGCCACUCCAUCUGGGACCGCCUCGAAGGCGGAAGGAUCUCAGAGGGCCAACAACGCGGAAGCCUCCAGCAAGAAGCGUGUUCGUCAAUCUUAUGGGUUUGCAGGACCAGACUUUACUGCUCCCGUUGGCCAGGAGAGACCCAAAAAGAAGGCAAAGCCUCGUGCGACGGGGUAG